CGCAACUUUCCAGAAUAUUAUAGGCAAGACCCGACUCGGUUCAGAAUCCGAUUUCAAGUCAGUUGGUUCAAGCCAUGUUCGGAGACUUCUGCUUCUGCCCGUGUUUCGGAAACCGGAGCUCCGACAAUGCUACAUCCGACGAACUCGACCCGGUUCUGCUGGUUUCGGGUAUAGGAGGCUCCAUUCUCCAUGCAAAGAGGAAAAAAAAGGGGCUUCAGACCCGGGUUUGGGUUCGGAUUUUGCUGGCGGAUUUGGAGUUCAAGAAGAAGCUUUGGUCUCUUUACAAUCCAAAUACAGGUUAUGUGGAAUCAUUGGAUGAUGACUGUGAAAUUGUGGUCCCUGAUGAUGACUAUGGACUAUAUGCAAUUGAUAUCUUAGAUCCAUCAUUUUUUAUAAAACUUAUACAUUUGAAGGAAGUAUAUCAUUUUCAUGAUAUGAUAGACAUGCUAGUUGGAUGUGGAUAUAAAAAGGGAACGACAUUGUUUGGAUAUGGUUAUGAUUUCCGGCAAAGCAACAGGAUCGACAAGUUAAUGGAAGGUCUUAAAGUAAAGUUGGAAACUGCAUACAAAGCUUCAGGGAAUAGAAAAGUUAAUAUAAUUUCGCACUCAAUGGGAGGGCUGCUAGUGUUGUGUUUCAUGUCGCUUCAUAAAGAUGUAUUUUCCAAGUAUGUAAGUAAGUGGAUUAGCAUCGCAUGCCCUUUUCAAGGUGUACCAGGAUGCAUCAAUGAUUCUCUGUUAACUGGAUUGCAGUUUGUUGAAGGCCUUGAAAGCUUCUUUUUUGUAUCAAGAUGGACUAUGCAUCAACUGUUGGUUGAGUGCCCAUCAAUCUAUGAGAUGUUGGCAAAUCCAUAUUUCAAGUGGAAAAAGCAGCCGCAGAUUGAAGUUUGGCGAAAGGAAUCAAAUGAUGGAGAAUCUCCUGUCAAACUGGAGACAUAUGGUCCACUUGAAAGUGUUGAUGUAUUCGAAGAAGCAUUGAAGCAUAAUGAGCUAAGUUAUGGUGGGAAUAAAAUAGCUCUACCCUUCAACUUUGCGAUUCUCCAAUGGGCUGCUGAUACUCGCCAAAUCAUGAAUAAUGCUCAACUCCCAGAUGGGGUCUGUUUCUAUAACAUUUAUGGAACAUCAUAUGACACACCUUUUGACGUCUGUUAUGGUUCAGAGACCUCUCCAAUUGAAGACUUUUCUGAAAUUUGCCACUCAAUUCCCCAGUAUACUUAUGUCGAUGGAGAUGGAACGGUUCCUGCCGAAUCAGCUAAGGCGGAUGGAUUUGGCGCAGUUGAGAGAGUAGGAAUUGCUGAUACUCACCGGGGACUGUUGCGAAACGAAACUUUGUUUCAACUUAUCAAAAAAUGGUUGGGAGCUGAGCAGAUCAAUAAGCAUUCAAAAACUUCAAGAGUGGCAGAUGCUCCAAUUCAGCCUGUACAUGUAUGAAAUUUUUUUUCUUCUAUCUUGAACAUGUUCUUAUUUUGUAAUUAGAGUGAAACACUACAAAAUCAAGCUUCAAAGCUAGAUAAAAUUUGUUGUUGUAUUUAUGUUCUAAUUAUAUAUAGUGAUUUCCCCAA